AUGGAAGAUGAAAGUCGUCCAGGUCGGCCAGUCACAGCGUGUGGUGAUGCCAACGUCUCUAAAGUGGUCACUUCACUGAAUGAUGACCGGGGGAAAACAUGUGAAGAGAUUGGAAAUGAAACAUCAGUGUCCAGAACCUCGGCGGUGACCGACGUUUUGGCUGGCUAUGAGAGGGAAUUGCUGGAACAUCCGCCCUAUUCCCUUGACCUGGCCCCGUUUGAUUUCAGCCUAUUCCCCAAGAUGAAAGAACACUUUCGUGGACACCGAUUUCAGUCAGAGGAGGACAUCAUUCAAGCAACAAAAGAGACAAUUAAGUGGCUGGAUAAAAGCACUUGCGUCAGUUUGGUUAACGGCUGGCUACAGCGCAUGUAG